UGGGGGCGAGACACGAUGUUAGAUAUGGGGCGAAGCCGCGGCGGGGCGAGACCUGAGAAACCGCCGAAGGUGAAGGACGACGGAGGGGGACAGGACAAGCAGAGCAGAGCUGCCUUGGACGCCACCGCCAUGGCGCCUUUGCCGGGCCCCGCGCCUAACCCGCGGCUCCUGCUCCUGCCGGCCGGCAGCGCCGCCGCUGCCACCUCUUCCCCCUCCGCGGCGCCCCUGCCGGGACCCGCCGCCCCGCCGUCCUCCGCGCCGCCGCCCCGCAAGCGGCAGCGCCUGGCCCACCUCAGCACCGAGGAGAAGGCCCUGCGCCGGAAGCUGAAGAACCGCGUGGCGGCGCAGAGCGCCCGAGACCGCAAGAAGGCGCGCAUGGGCGAGCUGGAGCAGCAGGCCGUGGAGCUGGAGGCCCAGAACCAGAAGGUGCUGGCCGAGAACCAGGCGCUGCGGGAGCGGACGCACAGCCUGGCCCUAGAGAACCGGGAGCUUCGCCUGCGCCUCGGACUCCCCGCCCUGGAAGGAGCCGGCGGCGGCGAAGGGACACCGGCGGCGACUGCAGCAGCAGCGCUGAAGGUGGAGAUCCUGGAAUCGGAGGAGGAGUUCGGGAGCAGCAGCAGCCGCAUCGGGGCAGUGACCGGGUCCGCUGAGUCCGCAGCACUUAGACUACGUGUUCCUCUGCAGCAGGGACAGGCCCAGCAGUCGCCUGCCUCGGUGGUGGCGGCGGCAGCCUCCGCCUGGAUUCAGACAGCCUUGACUCUUCAGAUCCUGAGUCAGAUCUCCUCUUGGGCAUUCUGGACAGCCUGGAUCCAGACAUGUUCCUGCACUAUGGUGGCCCAGGUCCAGCCUGCUUGGAGAAGUUGCACCAGGAAGGGUGCGGAGGAGAAGCAGAUUCCGUACCAGCCUCCCCCCUUUCCACUCUGGGGCCCGCAUCACCCAAGCUGGAGACCAUUAAUGAACUGAUCCGGUUUGACCACGAGUAUACCAAGCCGUUCUUCCUGGAGAUUGUGGCAGAGGGGGACAACCAAGCCAAUAUACUAGUGCGAGUAGAGGAA